CUGUCGUCAAACGCUAUGGUGGUUAUUACUGGACUCGCAUCUACGAUUGGGUGUGUUGGUGUCGUUAUCUUUACUUUGUUUGGUGUAUUAGCUUACUGUAAAAUCAUCAAGAAUCGUGACAUAUACCAAGAAAUAAGGUACAGAAGGAGAACAAUGCUAUUGGGUGAAGAAGCUGGGAACAUUAACGAUGGAAAUGUGAUCGAACUUUCCGCUUCCUUCAAUAUAGGCGACAUGCAACGUUACAAUACUUUGACAACACAAGACGUGGCGCAAAAUAGCGAGGAUGUGUCUGCAUAUCCCUUCCUUGAAGUAGAGAGAAGACCAUUUCGGUCCACACGAGAGACGGAAUCUGGUUAUGUGGACAUGAGGGACAUUUUUGAGACCUGCCAAAGGGCUAACUGUGAUAAGUCGUUUGAAGACAUGAACUCAUCUGCUUCGACGGAUCCCGACGAGUUUGAUCCACGUUGUACUCGGAAAAUGGUUGCCGAAUCUGCGGACAUGGGAUAUCUACAUACUGUUACCGAGAAAAGAUAACUCAAUUGCCACAUACAAUGUGUAUUUGAGAACCAAUA